AUGGAGACACUGCCGCUGGAGUUGCUGGAUCAAAUCAUUACAAAUGUGGCCAUUUUCGACCGUGAAGAUGGGCUCUGCAAUCUCCGACUUGUCAAUAAGCAAUUCAACAACCUCACGACGCCAAAAACCUUUGCCUCAAUCUCCCUCUGGCUGGGGUCCAAAUCUCUGCGCAAGCUUGCAGAGUUGUCGAAACACCGCGGAAUCGUGCAGUAUGUCAAAGCGAUCAGAUUCUCCCCUCUUCAAUUCCACACACCCCAUGAUGCAAGACAGUCGUCCUCCCUUAAAUAUCACGAGCUAGAAAAGCAAGUUGAACGAGGGGAAAUAGAACCCUCACAGUUAUUGCAAUACGUGGACGAUGACACCCAGCAUGGAAGGUUCCUAAAGGCACAAGAAUUGCUUUACACAUCAUCGGCUGUGAAUCGGGUCCUGAAAGCGGCGUUUCAACGCUUAGACAUGGUUCGCACGAUUGACAUCGUGUUAGACUGCCGCAUAACAGGAUCCAACGAGUUAACGACGACUUUCAACAUGCUGGAUUGCAAUAGAUAUCGGUGGGAUCAAGACAAUCCCCUGCCCUUUCUAUUCGAAGCUCUGGACGCUCUGCCGUCGCCAUUGAGCACCUUCCGUUUCCGAUACGACAACGACACAACAUCGAACCACCAGACCAAAUAUUUGAAGAGAUCGCGCAAGAAGGUAGCGUACGAGGCGUCCUACCUAGGAACUAGAAUGCUGGCACUUUACACAAAGAAAAUAGACUGGACGCGACUCGAGGACUUGGAGCUACAUUACAGUGAACGCGCGCAACAUGACUACCAGAACCACGAGGAUGGCUUCGACCAAUAUCUCGCAGCAACGGCAGAUAUCUUCCGCAAAUCCUCGCGCCUGAAAUCCUUGAGGCUGCAAGUCCCCUCCAAUGCCUUAGCAUCUGACCUUUGGAAUUCGCACGCAUUCAACAGGCUUAUGGGUGAGAUACCACUCUCUCGCCUCACCUCGCUCGCACUAUUAGAUCUCAGUAUCUGGAUCGUGGAUCUUCUGACAAAGCUUAUCAAGGAGCGAACAUUCACACCGCGGACAAUUUAUCUUGAAUGCUUCGACGAGGCAGCGUAUUGGGCUUCGUUUCUCGAGGCGCAGCGGCGGAUCCAAUGGAAUGAUUUGAAGUCCUUCAGGAUGUGUUUCUUUAGCGGUGAGUCGUGGAGGUGCUGUUAUGAUGUCACGUCCUAUGUGCGCAUGCAGACGGAAGAGAACCCUUUGGAUCCUGGUAUCAAUGAUGACGGAGAUGGUAUUGCAGACUCGUGA